UCUCAUUUACAGGUGCAAGUCAAUUGCUAAAGAUGAGCAUUUUUUUCUUCUAAUGCAGCUACACAGACAUUGUUAACCUGUUAACAUUUAUGACUAUACCCUUGAUGGGAAUUAAAGAACUGACAACAAGACGGGGUAAUCCAACAACAGAGGGCGCUUUGGCCCCGCCAUGCUACGUCUGGGCUCCUGCUUUCGACAAUUUCAUUCCCUUCAUCCAUCAAUAGCGCCACCUGGCUGCAGACGUCAGCCAGUUGCAUGGACGAUAGCAAGCAUACAGCAAAGCCAGCCUCUGAUCAUUUGCAAGUCGAGUUACAAAGUACAAAUACAUAAUCGUCUGCUCAAACAAAGAUCGGUCUCACCGCUCGCUCAUACAUCACCAAGCAAGUACUCUAGGCUAGACAACAAAAUGAGGGAUCUUGUGAAUAUCGCUUCCAUGGGGAGCAGCUCGACCCUGGCAGCCAACGCUUCGCCGAAGAAACCGGAGAAAGCUGCGAAUCGUGCAAGUUCGACUGGACAAUCUGUUGUAGGUUCUACAGAUGAAGUGUACCAGGAGGCCAUUCGGAAACUGAACACGUUGCAAUCCAAUGCCAAGACGCUUGACGAGAUUCGUAAGAAUCGUGACAUGGGCGCGUACAAGAACAUCCCGGACGUCAUCGACGGCGCGACCAGGGUUGGAAUAUCGGUGAGCUCAAACAUUCUCGAGAGGCUUGAUGAGCUUUCGUGUAUACAUGUAGCCGGGACUAAGGGAAAAGGCUCAGUCUGUGCCUUCACUGAAAGUAUACUUCGAGCAAGCGGCUUCAAGACUGGAUUUUAUAGCUCUCCACAUCUGGUUGAAGUUCGAGAGCGAAUCCGGAUAAAUGGGCAGCCCCUCCCCAAAGAAGACUUUGCUAAGAAUUUCUUCACAGUUUACAAUCGGCUGGAGGCUACCAAGGAAGAUUACGAUGGGAAAAUGCCUGCUUAUUUCAGGUUCCUGACACUGCUGGCAUUCCAUACUUUUCUAGAGGAGAAGGUUGAUGUUGCUAUAAUGGAAGUAGGCAUUGGAGGAGAGUAUGACUGCACAAACAUCAUCAGGAAACCAGUCGUAGUUGGGAUCACAUCACUGGGUAUCGAUCACAUUGGUGUACUAGGCAACACCAUUGAUAAGAUAGCAUGGCACAAAGCUGGCAUCAUAAAGUCUGGUCGACCAGCAUUCACUGUUCCCCAGCCUGAGAACUCUAUCCAAGUCAUCAAGGAAAGGGCCAGAGAAAAAGAGGCUUCUCUUCAAGUGGUCCCAAGCCUAAUGUCAUAUGGUUUCCAUGGUGAUGAUGUUAGUCUAGGACUCGCUGGAAUGCAUCAGUACAUGAACGCAACACUGGCCCUGCAGCUGGCCAAGACUUGGGUGACAGAGGAACGUCCAGGGAAAAUUGAUUUUGAUGAUGAUGAUGAUGAGCCAUCUUCUAAGCACCCUAGGAUUGCCGACACGUUGCCUGUCACAGAUGAAGUGUUGAAUACAGGAGAUGUAACCGAGGCUCAGCCAUUCACUGUACCCAAGCAGUUUAUAAAAGGUCUGAUGUCGUGCUACUGGCCCGGUCGUAACCAGAUAAUCCGCCGCAAGAAUAUCACGUACUACCUCGACGGUGCCCACACGCCUCGUAGCAUCAAGGCAUGCUGUAAGUGGUUCAACCGAAAGGCAGAGAUGGAUGCGAGGGAUUUGGAAGGACCGGUAGCCAAGGUCCUCAUCUUUAAUACUACAGGAGAGAGGGACGAGUACAGCCUACUGCCUAAACUUGUGGAGUCUGGUUUCCAUGGAGUCGUCUUCUGUCCAAACAUCAUCAGUCUCUACAGCCACGAAGCAUCAGCAGACACUACCAAUCAUACCACCACUACCGAGAAACAGAUGAAAAGGUGCGAAAAGAACCUCGAAGCUUUCCAGCACCUUCUCAAACAGCUUCAGAGGGAUGUUUACUCUUCCGAACUCCCAACUGCUGCCCAUGGAGAUUACAGUCGCAUUGAAGUUGCACAGGCAUCGGGGUCCCUCCAUCAUCAAACAGUACAGUACACCCCUACCAAUGUAGUGGAUCAGCCCUCUAGCACUUGUAACCAAUCAGGUGAUAGAACAUUGACUACUAGUCAGGAUGGAACUGGUUCAGACCGGUUUGUGGAUGCCAAGCUAGUGAAAUUGUCUUCCAUGACAGAUGCUCUACAGUGGGCUGCAUGUUGUAAGGACUCCAACCUGAGCUCCCCGAGUUUACACGACCCCACCCCUUCAAACCAUGCAACAUCGGCCAAUCACAUUCAAGUGUUGAUAACGGGAAGCCUCCAUUUGGUAGGAGGGGUCAUAGGUAUACUGGAUCCCGAACUAGCAUCUAGGCCAGACCCUGAAUAAUUAAUUCAAAAGAGUGACAUAAUUUCUUCCUGAACAUUCAUUUGGAAAUUAUAUUCAACUUUUGUCCAAAGAUGGACUAUAUUAUGUAUGUUGAAAUGGUUUAUAUAUGUGGUGCUAUAAUGUACACUCUUAUGAACUUUCUUCCACGAACCUAGGUGAUUAAAUAUUUCAUCUUUUCAGAGCGGGAAAGGCAUUAGCUCAGUAUUAAAGCACACAAGUUAAUUCCCGUCUUGCUCCAAACAGACAAUUUGUUUCUUGAGGUACAUAUACUCUUAAAGGAUAUUAAACUUGGCAUUACUUUUUCAGUCUGAAUGAUGGUGAUUCUUCCAUAAAUGACAUUAUUUUAUAAUUCAAUCACGGGUGAUUAUUAAUCUCAAUUUGUAGCUUACGAGUUGAGGGUUUAUGAUUAUAUUAUAUGCAUAACAUUCUUCAUUUGUCUUCAGGCCAUAUUUAUAUUGUGACUAUUUUCAUCUUUACCUCGAUUUUGAGAAGGCAUAGUGGCUAAGUGAGUGUUUAGUGAAGGGUUUUUGAAACUGAGAAAUCCAAGCCGUCCCACUUGUGUCCUUUGAUAAGGUAAUAAUUCUCAAAUGACGAAAUUCCCCAUAAAAGUAUGUUGUAUAAGUUAGUACUUCAUUGUAAUGAAUUUUGUACAUUAAAUUUUAUUUCCUCAUCUGGACUGCGAUAUCGCAGGCAUGUGUUUUUGAUCCCUAUCACAAUUAUAUCUAAAGAGGUUUUGGAUGUGACAAAUUGAUCACUAACAGGAGAAUGGAAUAUUAAUUGUUCUAACUUUUUCUGCUGCGUAUUUGGGGUUGCAAAUUAAUGAUGUCUGAGCUUAGAAAACAUGUGUUUUGUUUGUCAUUUUUCUCUGAUCAAGCUCGUGAUUUGUUUUAUUGUGUUACAAAGUGCCUUAAUUUGUACUUUGUGUUGUUGAUUACAAUGAUUACAAAGCAGUCCUUGCCUCUCAUUCUGUCACCCAUUUGUUUUGGGGGAUCGCGCGAUGAAUGAAGACUUUGCGCUGCGUGUGAUUGAAGAAUAACAAAUAUAUAAAAACAGACAUCAUCUAGAUUCUAGACUACCCCGACAGGGGAAAUGAAUUUGUUGGUUUGAGGAAGUAAGAGAAUUUGAAACUGAGACUUUAGGCAGUGUCACACAGAAAAAUGCCUUGAAAAAUCCUUUCAAGGGAGAAUUUUCUUGCUUCGUUAGAGGAUUUUUAAUGGGAUAAUUGAUGACAGACAGCAAUUAAGAGGAUAACUAAAAUCCGGAUUUUUGGCCUCUCUGUGACACCGCCUUUUGAUUUAUAUUAUUCCAUGCUCGUAUAACUACUAUGAAUUAAAUGAUAUACUAUUUGAUUGAAUUUAGUAGCAUGCAAUGACAGUGUACAUGUGUAUACUUUCAUAAUAAAUGUAGCCCAUAUUUGGGCCAGAGUAUAAAUUCA